AGAGAGUGAAAACAAAGGGGACAGACACAGAGGGAGAAACAUCAGUGUGAGAGAGACACAUUGAUUGGAACACUCCUGCAAGUGCUAGGAAUCCAGCCUCAAGUCAUGUUCCUGAGUUCAAGCCCCUCCUCACUUCCAGCCCCUCCCUGAGAUCCCAGUUGCUACAGAGUUGCUUCAGUCUCACUACCAAUAUGUGCCUGCUUGGCCCAGGGAGGAAAUCCACAGACAUGUCGGAAAGUUCAAGAUCACUUUUACCACAUCAUUUCUGGAGGUUGCAUUUGCCCCUUUGGAUUGUAUCCUCUGGCACAGAGAAGGCUCCCUAUUGGAUGCAGGUCCUUCUGACUGUGAGUGUGAGGGGAGCUGAUUAACAGGCUGUGCUGGCUUCUUUGAAGGCACAUUCUGUGGCUCCUCAACGUAUUGUCUCCUGAGAAAACAUCCGAGGCCCUGAUCGGGACCAGGACAAAUGGCUACUUUUCAGCAACUGCCAACAUACCUGAGAGGGACAUUCAGAGGUCACAGUGGCCACGCACCCGGAACCAGCAGUUUGCUGCGGCAUCUACAGGCUACUCACCCAAGCUCUUUCGGAUUCCGCCGAAAUCCCUCCGAUCGAACUCCCCUGUCUUUCCACGGACCUACGCUGCUCCCCUUGGCAAGCGGCACUGGAUUCCUCACACGGGGCACCAGCUGUGGAAAGGAAAAUAGGACACCUACACAACAUGCAGGGAUGACAAAGGAGAGGGAGAAGCAGCACUGAGUCAGCCAAGUGUGGGGAACAGGACAGACUGUAACCGGCAGCAGAGGGGACACAAAAGUGGGAAGAGAAAGACCCAGGACAGGAGGGGUGGCCUUUUCCUCAUUUCCAGGUCCUUCUGACUGUGAGUGUGAGAUGAGCUGAUUAACAGGCUGUAGGGGUGCUUUUGAAGGCACAUUCUGUGACUCCUCAACAUAUUGUCACCUGAGAAAACAUCCCAGAUCCGGACCAAAUGGCUGCUUCUCAGGGACCUUUGACCUUCAGGGAUGUGGCCAUACAUUUCUCUCAGGAGGAGUGGGAAUAUCUGGACCCAGCUCAGCGGAAAUUGUACCUGGAUGUGAUGGUGGAAAACUGCAGCAACCUGGCCUCCCUGGGUAUGUCAUCUGAAGAUGACCCAGCCUUUAUUCCAAAGCCCGGAAUACAAGAUUUGUUCUCUGAAAUAAUACUGAGUACCUAUAAUGGAGAGAGCAGUUAUCAAUGGAUUGAACAUUGGAAAAACUUUAAGCAAGAGUCAUAUCUUAAUCAUCAAUGGAGAAGGGAGCUUGUAGAGGACCGUUAUAUAAGUGGAAAAGUCAUUGACCAAAUGUCCAAUCACAAUGUACAUCAGGUUAUUCUUAUUGUAGAGAAGACACGCAAAGAAGGUAAAUGUGUCCAGUCUUUUCAUUAUUCUUCAAAUUACACAAAACAAGAGAAUAUUCAUUUGGGGGAGGAGGCUGACAAGUGGAAUCCUUGUGGUAGAUUUUCCAGUCAAAUAUUCAAUCUAAAUAAAAUGAAAAAAUUCCAUAAUGGAGAAAAAUCUUAUAAAUGUAAAGAUUCUGGUAAAAUAUCUACUUGGCAUUCAGGUUGUACUCUAAAUCAGAAAGUUGAUACUGGAGAGAAGCCUUACAAAUGUAAAGCAUGUGGCAAAACCUUUAAAUGUCAUUCAUCUCUUAUUGUACAUGAGGGAAGAAUUCAUACUAUUGCACAAUUUUACAAACUCAGAGAAGAUGGGCAAGGCUUCUGUCAGUCCUCAGGACAUAUUCAACAUCAUAGAAAUUAUACUGGAGAAAAGUCUUAUAAAUGUUCAGAAUGUGACAAAGACUUUAACCGGUGCUCUACCCUUAGCAUUCAUCUGAGAAUUCACACUGGAGAAAAACCUUAUGACUGUAGAGAUUGUGGCAAAGCCUAUGGCAGCUCCUCAGACCUUACUAAGCAUCAGAGAGUUCAUACUGGAGAGAAGCCUUAUAAAUGUAGAGAAUGUGGUAAAGCCUUUAGAUGGUCCUCACAUCUUAAUACACAUCAGAGAGUUCAUACUGGAGAGAAGCCUUUUAAGUGUAGAGAAUGUGGCAAAGCCUUUAGAUGGUCCUCACACCUUACUAGACAUCAGAGAGUUCAUACUGGAGAGAAGCCUUAUAAAUGUGGAGUAUGUGGCAAAGUCUUUAGAUGGUCCUCAGAACUUACUCCGCAUAAGAGAGUUCAUACUGGAGAGAAACCUUAUAAAUGUAGAGAAUGUGGCAAAGCCUUUACAAGGUCCUCACACCUUACUACGCAUCAGAGAGUUCAUACUGGAGAGAAGCCUUAUAAAUGUGGAGAAUGUGGUAAAGCCUAUAGGUGGUACUCACACCUUACUACCCAUCAGAGAGUUCAUACCGGAGAGAAGCCUAAUAAAUGUAGAGAAUGUGGGAAAGCCUUUAUAUGGUCCUCAGAACUUACUCUGCAUAAGAGAGUUCAUACUGGAGAGAAGCCUUAUAAAUGUAGAAUAUGUGGCAAAGCCUUUAGAAGAUCCUCAGAACUUACUAAGCAUCAGAGAGUUCAUACUGGAGAGAAGCCUUAUAAAUGUGGAGAAUGUGGCAAAGCCUAUAGAUGGUCCUCACACCUCACUUCGCAUCAGAGAGUUCAUACUGCAGAGAAGCUUUAUAAAUAUGGAGAAUAUGGCAAAGUAUAGAUGCUUUUCAGAACUUAGUACACAUAACAGAGGUCAUACUGGAGAGAAACCUUGUAAAUAUACAGUAUGUGGCAAGGCCUUUAGAAGGUCCUCAGAAGUCUUAUACCAUAUAUGUAGAGAAUGUGGAAAACCUUCACUGUAGCAUCAU